UCAACACUCAAACGCACAUUCGGAUUGUCCUCCAGCGGGGAAAAGAGCACGUCGAAAGACACGAUGGACAGGCGACGUCACUCGAGGUCGCCUUCUCGCGGCCACGCCAAGGAGUCCAGGCGCCACUCCAAGUCGCCCUCUCGCGGCCACACCAAGGAGUCCAGGCGCCACUCCCGUUCGCCUUCUCGCGGCCACACCAAGGAGUCCAGGCGCCACUCCCGUUCGCCUUCUCGCGGCCACACCAAGGAGACUAGAAGUCACUCCAGGUCCCCGAUUUUAGGCCACAGCAAAUCAGCCUCAAAACGGCCUCUUCCCACCUUCCUGUCUUGUGGCCACAGCCAAGAGAAGCAGUCAUUCAAGUUGGAAGAUAAUGGAGAUGCAGAUGACUCAACCGCAGAUAGUGGUCCCUUGUCUCGUAUUCUGGAAGAGGAAAACUCUUUGAUUCCACCUGUGUCAUCCGAUUUCAAGUCGCCUUUGGAUUCGGUAAGCAAAGUGUGAAACCGUUGUACCUGGUAAACAUUUCCUCAGGGGC